AUGUUUGGCUCAUCUCCAGUCACCAUCGUGAUCACACCCGAGGCUGACACCUGGGACACUGACUCCUCCUCUUGUCUGGGCUGCGGGCAGUUUGUGGAUUGGGACAGGAUGCCAGAUCCAGAGCACCAAGGGCACAUCCCCCAGGACAUCCUCAGCAAGCCCCUGAAGGAGCUGAAAAAGCUGGCAAGAGAAGGCUGCUGGGCAGUGAGCCAUGGUCUGAGGGCUCAGGUGUACCACCAGCUGCUCCAGCAGGUCCCCGUGCCACCGUGUCACCCCGAUGCCCCUGUCUACAGGGACGUGGUGAGCCGGCUCUUUGGGAAGCUGAGCGUGAACUCCCACCCUUUGCCCGAGUUCCUGGAAGGAUGCUCCAUGCCCACGUACUGCCUCAACCCGGAGGGGGUCACCGCCUUGAAGAAGAUCCUCAUCUGUGUUGGCAGCCUUUUCCCUGACAUAACCUACAGCCCGAUCCUCCCUUCCCUGGUGGCUCUGCUGCUGCACUACAGCGAGGAUGAAGCUCAGUGCUUUGAGAACAUCUCUCGCCUCCUCGCCAGCAACGCUCCCCACACCAGCUACAUCGAUCAGUCCUUCCUGGCCCACCAGGCCUCCUGUAUGACUUUUGGGGAUCUGGCCAACAAGCACUGCCCAGCAGCUCACAAACUCAUUGCCGGCACCUCUGAGAAUGUCUUUGAGGUCUACUCUGAGUGGUUAUCCUGGCUCUUCCAAGACCUCCCUUCAGGUACGUGCAUCCGUGUCUUUGAUGUCUACCUGCUGGAGGGGCAGAAGGUCCUUUACCGCAUCGCCCCUGGCCCUGCUGAAGCAGUCAGGCUCUCGGUCACCUCCUCUGAGCUGGAGGGCACAGACAUCAAAGGCACCUGCAGGCUUUUUGUGCAGAACAUUGCUGAGCACGUCAGCGUCGACAAACUCCUGGAGAGAGCCUUUGGCAUCCGGCUUUUCUCCCGCAAGGAAAUCUGGCUCCUCCAGAUGGCCAACAGGAAGGCGUUGAUGGAGAGGGCAUAAACAUGGUGCAGAGCAGGCAGUCCCGUCCACCUGGCUGUGGACGUGCAGAGCUUCAGCUCCAGCACUGUCACAGCCCAGGAGAUGCGGAUCAUCUGUCCUGGUCCGGAGCGCUUCUCCCUUUUCCCCCCACUGCUGCUCUUCUCCACCUCAGAAGAUGGGUGCAGCCUGCAGAGGUUUUACACGUGCUGUGAAGGCUACGAACCGACGGUGCUGCUGAUCAAAACAGCAGAGGGGGAGGUGUGUGGGGCAUUCCUCUCCUCUGACUGGAGUGAAAGGAAGAAGAGCGGGACAACAUCGGGAUUUUUUGGGACAGGAGAGUGUUUUGUGUUCACUGUGCGUCCCGAGGCAGAGAAGUACGAGUGGGUGUUGAUCAAGAAGCCAGAGCUGGCCAAAGCCGUGCCACGCUCCCGCCAGCGGUCACCUUCCCCUCGCGCCUGCUCCUCCCCAGAUGGCAGCACCAGCUCAAACCAUCUCACUGUGCCCGUGCCACAGAGGAAAGGCAGGCUGUCCCCCUUCCUGGCCAUCAGGCACUUCCUUCUGCCUUCCAAAACAGCCUCCAUGUUCAUGUCUGGGUCACGGGAAGGCAUCGUUAUUGGUGGGGGGGGAGGCCAAGCUCUGUCCCUCGAUGCCAACCUGCUCUGGGGUCACACCGAGCACUGCGAGACCUUUGACAACCCUCCCCUCUGCCAGGAGAACUUCAAGGUGCAGCUCUUGGAAGUGUGGGGCUUCCAAAACACCAAAGUCCUGUAG